AAAUAAGGAAGCAGUCACUAAGAACCACAGUUAACAUACCUGUAGCAUGUUUGGAGCAAACAGGAAAAACGUCUUUUACUUUUUCUCACACAAUUAGGGGGUUAUUUAUUGUCACUUCACUGAAACAUUGUUAGCCACUUUUAGCCCAUUUUUAUUUGUCUUUGUAGAGCGGUAUUAUGCGGAGGGGAAAUCCGUCAGUGUGAUGUCAAAGCCUGUGGACAGUCGAGAGGCGGAUCUGAAGGAGCCCAGGACGUCCACCACCUCUACAGCGUGUCUGAGCAAAAUGAAACAUGGAUGAGGAGGUCGCGGAAAGUUGGGAAGCUGCUGAUAGUGGGGAAAUGGAAAAACAAUUAGAGGAGAAGCUAAGGAUCAGCCAGAAAGAAAAGGAGUCCAGUAAUAAUUCCUCGCAAUCUCCAUUGAAGACAACCAUGGUGAUACAGGACGACUCUCUACCAGCAGCACCCCCACCUCAGAUACGCAUUUUGAAGCGGCCUACAAGUAACGGGUCAUUGGGAUCACCCUUGAAUCACAAUAGGCCUACACCACAGGUCAAGUCUCUGGCCCAGCGUGAAGCAGAAUACGCAGAGGCCAGGAAGAGAAUACUGGGCAGCGCCUGCCCAGAGGAGACAGCUCAGGACAAACCCAACACUGAUAGGGCAGGGCGUAAUAACGCUACAUUGCCUUCAGAAGACACCCGAUCAAACAAUCAAACGGUCCGGCAGCCAGCCGGCCCAGAUGGCACCCAGGGGUUCCGACAGCACAGAUAAGUGGGUCGUGGAGGCCGCCCAGCCUUUGAGGGGAGAGACAGAUCAAGGGCCACCAGAGAGCAAAUACAGCACUGUAUUCUUAAAACCUCCUUCAGUUCCAUUAUAUCGGAUGGGCCGGGAGUACAGCCACGCUGCUGCUCAACUCUCCCCACUAGCAGGGUCGGGGAGCAAGGAACUCCAGGAGGAAGCGAGAUGGAAAUGUGCUGUCCUCUCUCCCCACUCCGGUCUGUUUGACACUGUGAUUAUGAACAUCUUCAGGACUCACUGUGAUGAUCCCUUUAAAAGACGCCCUACGGCACCAUCUCUCUCCUCCAGCGGCUUCGUCUCAGGACGCUAGCAAGCCAGAAGCAAAGACUUAAACUAAGGAUGGCAGAGAGAAGGGGAAGUGACAGGCCAUCGCAAAAUAACAUGAGCUGGAACUAAGGCAGAAGCUUCUCCUCAGCAAUAAUACCAGACAUCACUUCUCACACCUUUUUUACUUGUUUUUUCACGUUUUAUUUUCAGAUGUUGGCUCAUAACAUUUUUGUCUUUUUGUUUUUCUUGCUCGUCGUUGUCUAUAGUAGGGAUGAUCUGAUAUCUACGGAGUACAGAUAAAUAUACUUUACAAUAUUCAUACACCACCAAGAACCUGUUCAUGAAAACAGUAUUUAAUAGUGACAUUUUUUUACAAACUAUAUUUACAGUGUUUA